GAGGCCGAGGCGCAGCUCGGGCUCCAGCAUGGCGACCGCGGUGCGCGCUGUGGGCUGCCUCCCCGUGCUGUGUAGCCGGACGGCAGGUGAGAGCUGAGACGCCGGGAGCAGGGGCUCUGAGCGGGCCAGGAGCCGGGGGCUCGCCUGGGGCCUGCAGAAGCCGGGGCGGAGGGAAGCGAGAAGCCGCGGCCCCCGGCUCCUCACGCCGCGCCCCCACUUUCCCCCGGAGCCGCUGUGUGACCUUGCUGGCGUCCUCUCCCUGGGUCGCGGAGCUCUUGUCUGUAAAAUGAGGAACUGGACGUCGUUCUUCAGGGUUCUUCCCAGUUCACGAAACCGCUUGAGCGUGCUUGGCGAAGAGGAGCGGAAACUGGUCAUUUAUUGGGGAGGCAGCGUUCCCUAAACACCUUACCAGCAGCUUCCAUUUUGGCCUGGAAGAGUGUUCUCAGCAGUGGCCAUUUGUCACCACUGGGAACCAGAGACACCCAUCCCUACGCCAGCUUGAGCCGUGCACUGCAGACACAAUGCCGUAUUUCUUCUCCCAGUCACCUGAUGAACCAGCAGUAUAGACCAUAUAGUUUCUUCACUAAAUUGACUGCAGAUGAGCUGUGGAAAGGCGCUUUAGCGGAGACUGGUGCUGGAGCAAGAAAAGGAAGAGGCAAAAGAACUAAAAAGAAGAGAAGAAAGGAUCUGAACAGGGGUCAGAUCAUUGGUGAAGGGCGUUAUGGUUUUCUAUGGCCUGGACUGAAUGUCCCUCUUACGAAAAAUGGAGCAGUGCAGACCAUUGCCCAAAGAAGCAAGGAAGAGCAGGAGAAGGUGGAGGCAGACAUGAUCCAGCAGAGAGAAGAGUGGGACCGAAAGAGGAAGAUGAAGGUUACACGGGAGCGAGGAUGGAGUGGAAACUCAUGGGGAGGCAUCAGUCUUGGCCCCCCUGACCCUGGUCCCAAUGGAGAAACAUAUGAGGAUUUUGAUACCAGGAUACUUGAGGUAAGAAAUGUUUUCACUAUGACAGCGAAAGACGGAAGAAAGAAAUCGAUCCGUGCCCUGGUGGCUGUGGGGAACGGAAAAGGAGCUGCAGGUUUUGCUGUUGGGAAAGCCACUGAUCGGAUGGAUGCUUUCAGGAAAGCAAAGAACAGAGCAGUUCACUAUUUGCAUUAUAUAGAACGAUAUGAAGACCAUACAAUAUUCCAUGAUAUUUCAUUAAGAUUUAAAAGGACGCAUAUCAAGAUGAAGAAACAACCCAAAGGUUACGGCCUCCGCUGCCACAGGGCCAUCAUCACCAUCUGCCGGCUCAUUGGCAUCAAAGACAUGUAUGCCAAGGUCUCUGGGUCCAUUAAUAUGCUCAGCCUCACCCAGGGCCUCUUCCGUGGGCUCUCCAGACAGGAAACCCAUCAACAACUGGCUGACAAGAAGGGCCUCCAUGUUGUGGAAAUCCGGGAGGAAUGUGGCCCUCUGCCCAUUGUGGUUGCCUCCCCCCGGGGGGCCUUGAGGAAGGAUCCAGAGCCGGAAGAUGAGGUUCCAGACAUCAAACUGGACUGGGAAGAUGUGAAGACUGCACAGGGAAUGAAGCGCUCUGUGUGGUCUAAUUUAAAGAGAGCCGCCAUGUAACCUCUCUGGCCUUGUGCAGCCAGUUCCUGUGCUGCCCCGCACCUAGGAGAGGCAGCCCCUCACAGCUUGGGGUGUUGCCUUGCCUUUUGUUUGUUCUGAGGAAAGUUUAAACUCUUUAGAAAUAAAUAAUUAUACUUUCA